UCGAGCUUCUUCUUCGCCGAGCUCACAGCAGAUCACCAUGAACGUAGUACAGGAGUGGCCCGAGCCAGUCGUCCGUGUCCAGACCUUGGCCGAUGCCCAGGUAAUCCCCGAGAGGUACAUCAAGCUACCAUCCGAGAGACCACACCCUUCUUCAGCGGCAGGCGGCGCAGGAAGCCUUCCCAUGGUCGACCUCGGCGGCCUCAAGCGUGGCGCAGCGGAGAGGCAGGCGACCUUGCUCGCCGUGUCGGAUGCAUGCAGAGACUGGGGGUUCUUCCAGGUGGUGAACCACGGGGUGAGCUUGGAGCUGAUGGCCAGGAUGAGGGAGGUGUGGAAGGGGUUCUUCGAUCUCCCCAUGGAGGAGAAGCAAGCUUACGCCAAUUCCCCCGUCACCUUCGAGGGCUACGGCAGCCGACUGGGCGUCAAGAAGGGCGCCAUUCUGGACUGGGGAGACUACUACUUCCUUCCGCUGUUCCCUCACUCGAUCAAGAACUACGACAAGUGGCCUUCCCUUCCUGCUUCCUUGAGGGAAACGACUGAAGAAUACGGUGAGGAACUGGUGAAGCUGUGCGGGGUGAUACAGAAUGUGCUCUCGUUAACCCUAGGAUUGGACGAAGGGUUCCUUCACAGGGAAUUCGGAGAAGCUGGAGCAGGACUGAGGGUUAACUACUAUCCCAAGUGUCCGCAGCCGGACCUCACCCUCGGCCUCUCCCCCCACUCCGACCCAGGAGGUUUGACCAUUCUCCUCACCGAUGACCAGGUGAAAGGUUUGCAGGUGCGCAAGGGCGGCUCAUGGAUCACGGUGGAGCCGAUUCCCGAUGCUUUCGUCGUCAAUGUCGGCGACCAAAUCCAGGUGCUGACCAAUGGGAGGUACAAGAGCGUGGAGCACCGGGUGGCGGUGAAUGCAGCAACGGAGAGGCUCUCCAUGGCUUUCUUCUACAACCCCCAAGAUGACUUGCUCAUCCACCCUGCCAAAGAGCUUGUGGCAGAUGGCACAUCCCCCAUGUACAAGCCGAAGACCUUCAAGGAGUACAAGCUGUGCAUGAGGAUGUUGGGCCCUUGUGGGAAGAUGCUGGCCGACGCCAUGGAAGCUACUUAAUUAAUAAGCAUCAGAAUUGAGGGAUACCAAACAAUUCGUUCAGCUUCAAGGAUAUGCCGUACUCAUUGCUAUUAUUUGGUGAUUAGAAGUAAAUGAUUUUGUUGUUGUUGGCAUUUACGGUUUUGUUAUUAUUGUCGUCGUUAAAUAAUCUAUCGUCGGUGAUGUUGUGAUUGAAUUAUUAGUAGACGCUAGUUUUGCUUGUGCAAAGCUAGGUAUAUGAGGAAGCUCAAUAGUUGAAUGUGUUUCGCUCUAGUGGCAUAUGCAUACGUUCUCUCUCUCCAUGUAUAUAUUUUGAAAGAUUGGAAACAAUGUUGAAGCUGUA